CUUUCUUUCCCGAUUCUCUUCCAUUACAGGCACCCCAUCUUCUCGGCUGUUCUUCGCCGUUGCGAAUUGUAGACGACGGCCGGAAGUUAAAGAAACCGUUCUAAUCUUCAUCUAUUAUCAGCAAAGUUCAGCAACGAAAAGGAAGAAUCUUGGUCUGUAAAGAAUCGGCCGAGUUUGCCGAGGCUGUGUAGAACAUUGGCAUUCCUGAAUCCGAGCUUUGAAUCUGAAUAAUUGAAAGACAGGUGUUGAAAAGGAUUCCGAAUAACAUGGCCAGAAGGCAUAGAAGCGAAUCCAGUGAUGAUGACCGCCGGGGAAAUGACAAGAUAAGCAGCCGACCUAAGCAGCGAGAAGAAGGCGAAUUCUCGUCAGAUUCGGAGGAAAAGAAGCCAGUUAGGGAGAGGAACAGUAAAGGGAGACGUGGAAAGGAGUCUGACGGGAGCUCCAGCGAAGACAAUAGACAGCGGAGAGGAAGGGAUGAAAGUGAAAACCGGCGUGGGAGGGGACGGGAUUUGGAAAGGGAGAAGGUACCUGAAGAUGAUCGGUAUGAGAGUGAGAGAAAUGUUGACAAACAUAGUAAGAGGGACAGGGAGAGAAGGGGGGGAAGGGACAGUGAUGAUCAUCGCAGCAGACGGGAUGAGGAUUCCAAGGGGAGGGACCGUAGGGAAGGAAGGACUGGAGAUAGGAGGGAUCACAAUGAAAGUAGGGGUCGUGGGGGCAGAGAUAGGCAUUCAGAUCGGGAUUUGGAUGAUAGAGGUGAUGGUAAAUAUCGUGGAGAACGAAGAAGGGAUGACAUAGAAGGGGAUAUUAGAGAUUCGAGAGAGAAAGGUAGGAGUGAUCGUGGAGAUGUGAACAAUCGAAGUACAAGGGAGCAGAACAGUGAUGUAAAGCCCAAGGAAGGCUCGAAUAUUCAAGCUGUGCCAGGCUCAAACGGAAAUUCAGAGAAUUUGGGAAGAAGUGGAGGAGUUUAUAUUCCUCCUUUCAAACUAGCCCAGAUGAUGAAGAAUGUGGAGGACAAGAGUAGUGCAGAGUAUCAAAGGUUAACCUGGGAUGCUCUGAGGAAGAGUAUUAAUGGACUGGUAAACAAGGUAAAUUCAACCAACAUCAAGAACAUAAUCCCCGAACUCUUUGCUGAGAAUUUGAUCAGGGGAAGAGGAUUGUUUUGCCGGUCAUGUAUGAAGUCGCAAAUGGCUUCUCCAGGGUUCACAGAUGUUUUUGCUGCAUUGGUUGCUGUUGUCAAUACCAAGUUUCCUGAGACAGGUGACCUUUUAUUGAAGAGAAUCAUUUUGCAGCUCAAAAGAGCUUACAAGAGAAAUGACAAGCCUCAAUUGCUAGCAGCUGUGAAAUUCAUUGCUCAUCUUGUGAACCAGCAAAUUGUUCACGAGCUAAUAGCAUUGGAGUUGCUCACACUUUUGCUGGAAAAACCUACUGAUGAUAGUGUUGAGGUAGCAGUGGGAUUCAUUACUGAAUGUGGAUCAAUUCUUCAAGAUCUUUGUCCCCGAGGUUUACAUGGAAUCUUUGAGCGCUUCCGAGGCAUUCUACAUGAAGGAGAAAUAGACAAGCGGGUGCAGUUUCUAAUUGAAGGUCUUUUUGCAAUAAGAAAAGCUAAAUUCCAGGGGCAUCCAGCCAUUCGUCCAGAUUUAGACCUUGUUGAGCAAGAAGACCAAUUAACUCAUGAGAUUUCUCUCCAAGAUGAGGACUUAGACCCGGAGACAGCAUUAGAUAUUUUCAAGGUGGAUCCACAGUUCCUGGAUAAUGAAAAUCGUUAUGAAGAACUAAAGAAGUCUAUAAUUGGUGAGGACUCUGAAGAUGAUGCAGAUUCAGAAGGAGGCUCGGAUGAUGAUGAUGAUGAGGAUUCUGAUGAAGAGGAUGAAGAGGCAAUGAAAAUACAAGAUGAGACGGAGACAAAUCUUGUAAAUCUUCGGAGAACUAUUUAUCUCACAAUCAUGUCUAGUGUUGAUUUUGAAGAAGCUGGUCAUAAGCUAUUGAAAAUCAAGUUGGAACCUGGCCAAGAGAUGGAGUUGUGUAUCAUGCUUCUGGAGUGUUGUAGUCAAGAGAGGACUUAUCUGCGUUAUUAUGGGCUUUUGGGUCAACGGUUUUGUAUGAUUAACAAGGUCCAUCAGGAAAAUUUUGAGACAUGCUUUGUGCAACAGUAUUCAAUGAUUCAUCGUCUUGAGACAAAUAAGCUGCGUAACGUUGCAAAGUUCUUUGCUCAUCUACUUGGAACCGAUGCUCUUCCUUGGCAUGUCUUGUCAUACAUACGAUUAACUGAGGAAGAUACCACUUCUUCUUCACGUAUUUUUAUUAAGAUCCUAUUCCAGGAACUGUCAGAACACCUUGGUAUUCGUCUUCUUAACGAGCGGCUGAAUGAUCCGACCAUGCAGGACUCUCUUGAAUCUAUAUUCCCGAAAGACAACCCUAAAAACACACGGUUUGCCAUAAACUUCUUCACUUCCAUCGGGCUUGGUGGUAUUACAGAGAACCUACGUGAAUAUCUGAAGAAUAUGCCACGCCUAAUCAUGCAACAGCAGAAGCCUGUUUCCGAAUCAGAAUCUGGUAGUUCUUCAGGCUCAUCCGAUUCUGACUCCUCAGAGUCGUCUUCUGAAUCAUCGAGCUCAGAGGAUGAACGUGAUCGGAAACAAAGGAAGCGAAGAAAGAGAAAUUGAUUAUCUGAGACCUUAAACAACAGCUGUAGUGAUUAAUGAUGAAUCAGGAAGAACUUAUUUACAGAAAUGCCAUACAAUUUCAGUUAAUCAGAGUAGCAAAAGAAAAGAUGUAUGGUCAAUGUAUAAUAUUGAAGGAGAAGAAGAGGCUGUUGAGCGAUGAUUAUUGUUAUAAUAGGGUAAUGUUUGUUAUCUUAAAAUUUGAUCUUUUUCUAGACGAAGGAUUGAUUACCCAUGUUUGUUUUUGAAAACCGCCAACCUUAAGUUUGAGUUGACUUGACAUUUUUUUAAAUUUUUUGUAUGCUGGUUUCGUGUUUCUGUUUUAGGUAAGAACACUGUUAUAUAUUUGGUUUGGUAUUAUAUGUAGUGGUGCCAUACAUAGUUGUCUUA